AUGCUUCCUCGAGCGCGCCUCUGGUCCGCCAGCGCACAGCAGAAUGUUCUCAACCCCCGAGCGCGAACGUUUGCAACCACGUCAUGGCGCUGGCAGCAAGCUUUUCACUCCCAGCUCCAGGAUCCCUCGACAUCCGCUAUACUUUCCUCCCUCAAGACCUCCCCUCGAAUACCGCAGACUCUCACCGAGAAGAUCGUGCAAAAGUACGCAGUCGGUCUGUCGGAAGGCAAGCUGGUCAAAGCGGGCGACUAUGUGACCAUCUCGCCGCACCAUUGCAUGACACACGACAAUUCGUGGCCUGUUGCGCUCAAGUUCAUGUCCAUCGGCGCAACGAAGCUCAAUGAUCCUAAGCAGGUUGUUAUGACACUGGAUCACGAUGUGCAGAACAAGACUGAGAAAAACUUGACCAAAUACAGGCAAAUCGAGGAGUUUGCAAAAAAGCAGGGGUCAGAUUUCUAUCCAGCUGGCCGGGGAAUUGGACACCAGAUCAUGGUGGAAGAGGGCUAUGCGUGGCCUGGGACGUUGGUGGUUGCCAGUGACAGUCAUACGAACAUGUAUGGUGGCAUCGGGUGCUUGGGAACGCCAGUGGUGCGGACAGAUGCGGCGAGCAUUUGGGCAACGGGGAGGACUUGGUGGCAGAUACCUCCAAUGGCGAAAGUGUCGUUCACGGGAGUGCUACCCAAAGGCGUGACGGGCAAAGAUGUGAUCGUGGCGCUUUGCGGGCUGUUCGACAAGGACGACGUGCUGAAUCAUGCUAUCGAAUUCGUGGGGUCCGAAGAAACCAUGAGAAGUCUGCCGAUCGAUGCGCGUUUGACUAUUGCGAAUAUGACGACGGAGUGGGGAGCCUUGUCGGGGCUGUUUCCGGUGGAUUCGAUGCUGCAGGGAUGGUUACGAUCGAAAGCUACCAUGGCGGCUGUCGACGAAGCAACUGGGACCACUGGAAGCACAAGGUUUAUGCAUCAGCGGCUAGAUGAGCUAUUCUCACAACCUCUCCGCGCGGACCCUGGUGCUGCAUAUGCUAAGACUCUACACCUUGAUCUCAGCACGCUGUCCCCUUAUGUUUCUGGUCCAAAUUCUGUCAAGGUUGCAACACCUCUGAAUGAACUUGAAGCCCAGGACAUCCCCGUCAACAAGGCUUACUUGGUCUCCUGCACGAACUCCAGAGCAUCUGAUCUUAACGCUGCUGCACAAGUCUUCAAGGAAGCAGCAGAGAAGAAUGGCGGCCAAAUUCCCAGGAUCGCAGAUGGCGUCAAAUUCUACAUUGCUGCUGCCUCGGUACCGGAGCAGCAAAUUGCUGAAGAGGCAGGCGACUGGCAAGCCCUUAUCGAAGCCGGCGCAGAGCCGCUGCCGGCAGGUUGCGGACCUUGCAUCGGUCUCGGUACCGGCCUCCUUGAGCCUGGCGAAGUCGGUAUCAGUGCCACCAACCGAAACUUUAAAGGUCGUAUGGGUAGCACCGAUGCUAAGGCAUAUCUUGCCAGCCCUGAAGUCGUUGCGGCUUCUGCAUUGAGCGGCAAGAUCAGCGGUCCUGGCUGGUAUGACAAGCCCGAGGGCUGGUCUGGCGUUGUUCGGGGAGAGGGUGAUGGAAUUCCCGAGGAAGAACGCUUGAUUACCGCUUCCGAAGCGUUGGACAAGAUCAUCGGUCAGCUCGAUGAUAUGAUUGAGACAGCUGAACAAAAGUUCAGCGGCGCCCAACCUACUGAGCAGUCCUCUGCCGAUGCACCUACCGGCGCUACGGAAGUCUACCCUGGCUUUCCUGAACGCGUAGAAGGCGAGAUUGUGUUCUGCGACGCUGACAACAUCAACACGGAUGGCAUAUAUCCUGGCAAGUACACCUACCAAGACGGUGUAACCUCCGAGAAAAUGGCUAAGGUAUGCAUGGAGAACUACGAUCCUGGGUUUUCCAGCCUCGCGAAGCCAGGUGACAUUUUGGUAUCUGGCUUCAACUUCGGCUGUGGUAGUUCGCGAGAGCAGGCUGCCACUGCCAUCCUGGCGAAGAAGAUCCCUCUUGUUGUGGCGGGCAGCUUUGGCAAUAUUUUCUCACGAAACAGCAUCAACAACGCGUUGAUGGGCUUGGAAGUUCCGAAGCUCAUCCAACGGCUGAGAACGACAUUUUCUGAGAAGGCUGCACAGUCGCAGGAAGAGGCGGUUACAGAGCCUGCCGAGAACAGAGAAAGUCUAGAUUCGCCUCCUACCGGUGCUACGGAUGUCAGAGAGAAACUCUUGACUAGACGGACCGGCUGGAAGCUAGUUUGGGAUGUGAAGAAGAGCCAAAUUCAAGUCACAGAAGGUGAUGGAAAUACCUGGACCGAGACAGUGGGCGAGCUGCCUCCCAACGUUCAAGAGAUCAUUGCCAAGGGAGGACUUGAAAAGUGGGUGCAAAACGAGAUUUCUGGGAAGUGA